GGUUAACCGACAACAACUGAAGGCACAUCGUCGUUGCCGCCGUCGACCAUUCGGUUCUCCAAUGACGAGCAACGCAGCGUCUGACCAGCAGCCAAACUCCCAGCCGAAGCGAAUGAACAAGAUGGCGUCGAACCAGACGAUAAACCUCAACCAUCUUCUCAACUUCACUCUUCCUCCGAGGCAGACCAGGCCGCUGAAUAGCAUACCGAGGAGGAGCAGGAAGACCGGCAACGUUCAUGGGGUAUGGAACAAGGAGCGCUUUGUCAACGCUCAAUAUCGCUUCGUUAUGAACCCGAACGGAGACUACACCGUUCAUUUUGCGGAUCCUGACAUUUACUUCCAAUGGCAAGAUAUCCUGCAAAUUAUCGUCCCUCGCGCUUCUAGGCUCGCCGGGGACACCAGCUAUUCCGAUGUCACAGGGCUUUCGACCUGUCCGAUAUGCCUUUCGCCACCAACGGCGCCUCGAAUGACAAAGUGCGGACAUGUAUUCUGUUUACCUUGCAUUCUCCACUACCUCAGCACUUCCGAUAACAAAUGGGCACGCUGCCCCAUCUGUUUCGAUUCGGUCAACGAGCGCCAACUGAAGUGCGUCAAGUGGUAUGAGGGACCCAUUGACGCCACUUCAUCGGAGGGGUCUUCCUCAUUCAAUGAGGAUCCUAUCUUCGAAAUCACCCCUCGGGCGGGAAAUCUGUUACGAAUGCGCUUAAUACAGAGACCCCAGAUUACGACCCUCGCCCUGCCUCGAUCACAGACUUGGCCCUCAGACCUACUACCUCCACACAAAGCUCCAUUCCACUUUCUACCCGACGUCUUCAGCUUUGCAAAGUUCAUGCUUGCCACCCCAGAGUACCUGGUAGGCGAUCUCAGCAAGGAACUCGAACAUUUGGCCGAAGAACGCCGAAUCAUGUCCGCCAUGAAGGAUGAUCUAAGUGUCUGCUUCCUCACCGCAGCCGAGGAAAGGGUGCGUCAACAAAUGGAGAAGGCGGCUGCUCUUGAGUCUUCGCUGCUGCAAGAGCAGAUUGACAAAGCUCGGAGAGAUCAUAAGGAGAUUCAGCAGAAGGCGGAACUAGAUGAGCGUAGAACUAGACUUCAACAGGGCGCACCGAACAUUGAAACCGAUGGCUCUAACGAAGUUCCAACCGAGCUCCUGGCGUCUAGAUCGUCACAAAUUGCGACGCCUUCCAGCACACCAUCCAUUCCUGAUUCCCGACCUCCUAAUCAGAACCGUGGUACCCCUCGUCAACGGCGCAAUCUCAAUCCCCCUCCUCCGUCCACAUCCACCUACUACUACUAUCAAGCAGCAUCCGGCCUGCCUAUUUACCUACACCCACUAGACAUCAAGAUCCUUCUCUCCCACUACCACAGUUACUCCUCCUUCCCCGAUGAGAUCACCGUUCGUGUCGAGGCAUAUUCGGAAGGGACCGUCAACGAUGACCUUCGCAAGCGCUGCAAGUACCUCGCGCAUCUCCCUGAAAGCGCCGACGUCAUCUUCGUCGAAGCCGACCUUGAGGGCGUGGUUGGUGCGGAAGGGCUGAAGAACUUUGAAGGAGCGCUGAGAACGCGGUCGACGAGGAGGAAAGAGAAGGCGAGGAAGGACGACAGAGCCAAGGCCAGGGCUGAGGAAAGGGAGAAGGAGAGAGAGAGGGAAGCAUUGGCAAGGUUCCUGCCAUCGAAUCGGGUCGCUUCCGUCCCAAUUUCUGAGAAUUGGGAUGACUCUCCGCCUUUACCGAACGGUUCACCUUCAACGCAUGAAGUCCAAUCGAAUGCGUCGACUUCACCGGCCCCACCUAUUCCGACGGGCGCUUGGGGAAACAGAAGUUUUGCAUCGGCGCUUCACUCCUCGGGCGGGCGGUCGAGUACCCCAGCCAGAAGGAGGGAGAUGACGCAGGAAGAGUGGGAUGCUGAGGAGAUGUGGCACGAACUGGAACAACGGACUAUGAACAAUACUGGAGGCGGGAAGAAGAAGAAAGGUACCAGGAUGGUGGUGCUCGGAGGUGGAGGUUCUGGAGCAAGACGUCGGUGAUAUCAUGCGCUUGAGGGC